GAGAGAGAGAGAGAGAGAGAGGGAGAGAGAGAGAGAGAGAGCUACUUUCUCAAAAUCCCGAGGAAACACAGCUGACUGCAGCUUUCUACCAGCAUAUCGCCACUGCCAUCGCCCCGCUCCUAGCUAGAAGAAUCUUCAUUUCCCCGAGUUUAUUCUCGCGUAGGUACAGGGCGCGCUGUUGUUUCAGAGAUCAGGUGGUUAAACUUUCCUCUAUAAGCUCGAAGGGAUAAGCAGGAAGAAAGAGGGAAGAAGGAGAAUCCUCCCUUACUUUCUCCGGUACUCGAUGGCUUCUAACCACAAGUGGUUGGCCUUCUCUCUCUCCCCUCAGGACCUCCAUGCAGACCACAACCACAACCCGCAUCGGCUUAUUUCUGCCGGCGACUCUCUGGCAGUGGCUUAUUCUGCUGCCGACGACGUUUCCGGCAGGGUUUCUGCCGACUUCUUCGACAUGUCCACAACUGAUGCGGCGACGCCUUCUGUGGAGAACCCUUUCGGUUCCUCCCUCAACCAUGUGUGGAUUGCUACUAAUGCCUUCAAAAGAAAUCGAAGAAUGCCUUUUCUUGGUUGGAGUGAUGGCAUCGACAAUAUGAACCAGGAGGUACCAAAGCUAGAAGACUUCCUUGGUGGCAGCAGCACUGCUGUCGGAGACAGCAGUGCGGAGCCCGUCUGCUCAAACACAAGCUGCCAUUCGUUCGAGAUCAGCGAGCAGGAACUACCAGGCCACGAGCCCACGACCCCCGGGUCCUCCAAGCAGAAUUGUAGCCCCAUGUUGUCCGACUGCUCUCUGCAAUUUCCGGCGACUACCACCGGCAGCGCCAGCAACUCCUUCGCUCUAUCGAUGGCGAAGUCAUGGUUGAGAAACGAACCUGCACCAGCAGAGAACGAGAACAGUUGCAGUGACAGCGCCGCUGCCUCCACUUCUGCGGUGGCCGGGAACCUUCAGAACGUACAGCCACCGUCGCUCUCAAUGAGCGCGACAUCGCAGUCGUUCUCCUCGGCGCCUAUCGGGGUCGCCGGAGCAGCCGGAUUUGGUAAAACAUCGUCUUCGGAGAGUAAGCAGAAGAGCUUAGAUACGGUGACUGGUGCAGUAGAGACAGUGCCUAGGAAGUCUGCUCAUACAUUUGGCCAAAGGACGUCCAUCUACCGUGGUGUUACAAGGCACCGAUGGACUGGGAGAUAUGAGGCACAUCUGUGGGAUAACAGUUGCAGAAAAGAAGGCCAGACUCGUAAGGGCAGACAAGUUUACCUUGGUGGGUACGACUUGGAAGAGAAGGCAGCAAGAGCGUACGACUUAGCUGUCUUAAAAUAUUGGGGAACAACUACAACAACUAAUUUCCCGGUAAGCAAUUACGAGGAGGAGCUCGAGGAUAUGAAGCACAUGAGUAGGCAGGAAUAUGUAGCAUCUCUGCGGCGGAAGAGCAGUGGUUUUUCAAGGGGUGCAUCAAUUUAUCGUGGAGUUACAAGGCACCAUCAGCAUGGAAGGUGGCAAGCUAGGAUUGGCAGGGUUGCUGGAAACAAGGAUCUAUACUUGGGAACUUUCAGUACCCAAGAAGAAGCGGCAGAAGCAUAUGACAUUGCUGCAAUAAAAUACAGGGGUCUAAAUGCCGUGACUAAUUUUGAUAUGAGCAGAUAUGACGUGAGAAAAAUCUUAGGAAGCGCCAGUUUACCGAUUGGUGGAGUAGCUAAGCACUCGAAAGAACUAGAGGUGCAAGAAACAAGAGUGGAUGGCGGAAGUUUUGACUCGGAAGGCGGCUCAUCUUGCUCCAUUGACACAGUUAAUCGCUACACCUCUCAGCAUGGUUGGCCUGUCAUGGCUUUCCAGAAACUUCAACCACCGAAGCAACACUUCUCCUUCAUUCAGCAUAGAUGGUGCAAGCAAGGGCACUGUAGCCCCUCCCAUGGCCUUCAAGAUCUCCAACAACUCCAUCUGGUUAGCAAUGCUCAGAGUUUACUGCUGCCAUCUUCUGUGGAUAAUCUUAUGAAUCACCACCAUUGGUCUUCCUUGAAUCAAGUCCUUAUGAGUGGAUCUGGUAGUGUAGUUCUUCCUCUGAAUCCAGAAAUGGCAGAUCAUAAUCAAUUAACAUUUGAAGAACAUAGUGACAUGAAGAAGUUGGUAGACGAUAAUAUGUUAUCAGUGGAACCUCACCGCAUCAAUUGUUGCUGUCUUUCAGAGCAGCAGUUGGAGAUUUCAGAAAAAUCAAGCAGCAGCAACAAUCAGAGCUCGAGCUCAAGCAGUUUCAUCCCAAAUUCAUUUCAAGAAGUAGCACAGGGAUCAAAUGUUUCAGUUUGUCAUGCAAGUACUCCAGUUUUUUUCAAUUUGGAGUGACAUAAGAUUCUUAGGAUUAUAUCAACAUAGAGCAAAACAGGGAGGAGAUGCAUCCAGACAGAAAAAUGGAGAACGGAAAUAGAACUGAACAAAAAAGUAGGCACGUGAAACUUCUAUCUGGUCUUUUACUCAAACACUUUUUUUUCCUAUGUUUGAAAGAUUUUUUUUGGAGCAGAAUGCGUUGGACUGAAGUUCUUUAUGGCCAGUGACGGGCAUCUCAUUGGCUGUGAUUUUUGGGGACUUCAUGUAUGAUACGCUGCUGUCCUUUUACCAUGUUACAUGUACAAAGUUCCGGUAAAUUCCAACAAGAAUCACAUUACA